UUUCCAGCUGCUGGAAGAAGUCGGGGGGGAGGUCAGCGUUGGGAUGACCUGGGUGCAUGCAAAGCUGCGAGCCCGCUGAGGCUCUGGGGGCCAGGGCUGCGCCCGAGGACCAUCCUGGCGACUUGACACGCUCCAACUUCUGCGAAAGUUUUUCGGGGGUGGGGGGAGAAUGUAUGUUUCUGUCUCCAACUCCUGUGGUGCUUUAUUAUCUGUUUCUGCACAGCUUGUAAGGGCGGAAGGAGGGAUUACCAACUCCGAUGAUACUUUGUCUCUUUCUGGGAAGAGGGGACAGAAGGUCACGUGUGUGUAGGGGGCCGAGUAGGGGGAGUUUCUGCGGAUGUUUCUAUCCCCAGCUUCUGUGGUUGCUGCAAAGGUUGCAAGAGAGGGUGGGACAAAAUACAGGGGUCUGCUCUGGUGUGUGUGGUUUCCUCUGUCUUACUGACUUUUACAGAGAUUGGGUAAGAAAAAUCACACACCUCGUGUGGCCUUUGGCUCGGCUCUCUGGUGCUGAUCCCAAGACCUCCAUUGUCUCAAUAUGAAAGGGAGUCCCUUUCUUUCCGGCUCUUGACUUGGACAAUAUGAGACGUUCUCUUGGGCUCCUGCUACUCAGUAGCAGUUGUUUCAGCCCCCAGAGCAUCUUUUGGCAGAUGGGGGACUGCAGUACAAUAGACAAGUCUACAAUUUAAAAUGUCAUCAGAACUUGCUAAUGCUAUUAAAGUACUAAAUUGAGUUGCACAGUGUAAUGGGUUCAUUCACUUCUGUUGGAUUAAAAAUGUUUGAUUUCUGUGGGGAGAAAAAACAGUGAAGAGGGUUGUUUUUGUUGUUUGGUUUUUCUAAAUAGUAUGCUAUCACUAGUAUAUUAUGGUUAGGGUCAUAGCACUGUGGAAUAGUUUAAUGGCCAAAUUUAACCCUGGUAUAACUUUACUGAAUGUGGUGGAGUUAUACCAGGGAUAAAAUUAGUCCUAAAAUGUUUUUAAAAUAAAAUAUUAACAUAUCUAGUCUUAUUUAACACUCUUCUAGGAAAAAGUUCAAAUCUCUAAUAUUUAUGAUAUUUAGCUCUGACACUUAAAAUAUAAAGUAACUUUUAUAAGGAAUUGGAAAUGACAUCCAUAAUUGACUUCCUGCCUAUAUGAAUGUCGUUUUUCUACACUUAAAUGGGAAUAGGAAUAUUUAUCUUCGAUCUUUGUCCAAUGUAAGUUCUUACACUGAAAUUGGCUGGGGGGUGCAAGGCGAGGGGAUGGACUAGAGAAAGUUGUUUAAGACCCCACCUUGAAAUCCUACACAAAGUAGCAAAAAAUCAGGAGUAAUACCUAGUUUAGAAUUGUUCAAAUUAUCAUUCUUUUUAACGCAAAGAAAUUGAUUUCAUCAAAGAUUUUCUAUCCAUUCUUAUUCAGUUUUACUGUACCUGCAUUGUUUGCUUGCGCUCUGCCUCUACAUAGUGGCCCUUUGAAAACUCAGGAAGUGUCACUAUUCACAGGGCUCAACUUUGAAUGUGGUGUUGUUAUGAAAAGCCAAGCUUGGGUCGUGGAUGGAGGGAUUUUGUGGUUUUGGUUUUAUUGAAAUUAAUGUCCAUAAAUGUUCUUUAAUCUGUAUUGAAAACAAAGAAUACAAUUGCUGCUCACUCAUGUAUUUUUCUGUAGAAUAGUUUUAAGAUGUGCUCUCUUGGUUGUUGUAUAAGGAACUUCUUUUAUGAGAGGAACCACAUCUGGAUUUGAUAAUCCUGUCUGACCCUGGGGACACUUACUUCAAACUAACUUUAUCCCUUUUGCUUUAAAAUGUCUGAUUUAGUUUGAUAGCACUAAUAUUUUCAAAUACAAGAGUCUGCGUCAGAGUUUAGUUGAGUGGCAUACUUUUGUUUUAUCCAAGCAGGUAAAUAUGUUUUGCCUACACUGGUUAAUGUAUAAUAGUAGGUGAAGCCUGGGGUUGGGAGGUGGGUGGAGAAAGAAGACGUAAAAUGGUCCUUUCCUUUUUUGAGGAAACUGAAAUGUUGUCAGUAUAUAACAGUUAUGAGAAUGCCCUACAAUAUUAUGAAAAUACACUACACCUACACAACAACUAUAGUAUCAGCCAAAACCACAAGUGAGACAAGGUGGGUGAGAACCAUAUUACCCACCUUGCCUUUCUAAUGCCCUGGGACCAACAUGACUACAGCACUACAAAAACAAAAGUGUUCAGGUAAGUAAUGAUGUAAAAGUGAAUUAAGUCAGUUGAAAGUGCUCAGAUACUACAGUGAUUAGGGGCUUAUCAAGUACCUAGAUACUUUCGAUACUUACCUUUCCAAAUAUUAAGUAUGAAGAAAAUAAUAUAACUAUAGAACGUACAACCAUACACUGUUGUGUAGAUUCUUCCGUAACCAGUUGUAAUCUCGUACUUCUGAAACUGCAGUUACUAAAAUGAAAUGUACGGUGGUUACUGUCAUUACUAGGCUGCUAAUCCACAUAACUUGCAGUAACACAUGUCUGAUAAUAUCUGGUACAGCAGCUGUCUGACCCACCGUGCGGAACUAGUUCAAAGCAUGUUGGAAAAGGAAGAAUAGUGAAGUAGUUGUUCUGAAUGAAACUAAGUAUAAACUUAUUCUGAUACAUUUCAUGUAGAUGAGGUGUGCUUCCUCACUCCCAUAACUCCUUAUUCUCGGUAUGUUUUCUUCUUUAAACAGCUUGAUGGUUUUAGUGUGAUGUGUAUUAGUGAUUUGUCAAAAAAUAAAAAAAAUAUUUGUGGUUAACUGGUUCUACAGUUAAAAUCUCAUUCUAUAAGUGCAACCAAAGCAAAAGUACAGAAAAGUGAAAAUUAGUGUGGAUUGUUAUUGGUAUGUGUUUUAGCAGUGAGUCUUUAAUAACUCUUGAAAUUUAAGUUCUGUCAUCCGUAUACUGAGAAGAGCUCUGUGUACGCUUGAAAGCUUGUCUAUCUUACCAACAGAAGUUGGUCCAAUAAAAGAGAUUACCUCACACACCUUGUCUCUCUAAUAUCCUGGGACCAACAGAUACACCAACACUGUAUGCACUAAAUUAUGUGAGUCUUCAGCUGUCAAACCAUACUGAAUUUUUUGCAGUGGGAAAAUAGCCAAUUUCUAAAAUAGGCUGUACUUUUAAAAUUAAUUCUUGUAAUGACCUGAUCGUUCCGUUUUUCUCUUUGAAGAAGAUAAUUUUAGGCUAAGAGUUAGCUGUAUGGUGUUAUAUAAAAUUCAGGCUGUAGUUAAAUAUUAGCAGCUUAGAGGCAAAAAGAAAUCCAAGGGAAGGUUGGGGUUAAUUAUCAUGAUCUGUGGUGUCUAACAUCACAUGUCCUCUUCUGUUAAGUGUAGAUAUUUGCUUGUUUGUAAAUAGGGCAGGUCUCCUGUAUAAAGACAGUGUUUUUAUUCACACCCAACGAACAAACACCUCCACCCACUGUUGUUGUUUAAAAAACUCCAGCUGCUCAUGAAUAUAGGGUCAGAGAGGGCCGCCUAAAUGUUUCUCUGUGCUUUCUCUCCAGCACAGCCAGCAGAGCUGUUUCCUGUUCUUUGUUUCAAGGCUGGGGUUUGCGUCAUACAUUCCAAGUGGCAUAUGUGUGCUCUUUCCUGUUUCAGGCUGUUUUUUUAGUAGACCAGUAGCCCAGUCCAGGCCCCUUGUCACUGCCCUGCAACUCCCAGUCCCCACCCAGUGAGUUAUCAUGUCUCUACACACUCAUGAUUGCUUAAGUUGCCUGUGUUAUGUCAGCAUGAGAAGUCUGAGUUAACCUUUUAACACACACCCUCUACUCCAAUAUAUUUACAUGGGUGAAUAAUGAGUUUCAUUCCCUUUUCUAAAAACUCGUUUGACUCUAAAAAAAAAUUGAGUCUGAGUUCUCCUCUCACCUGUGCCAAUGUAAGUCUGGAAUAAUUCCAUUAAAGUCAAUGGAGUUGCAGUGAUGUAAUACCAGUGCAAGUGAGAAGAGAAUCCAGCCCUAUAUAUUCAUUUAUGUGAAAACCUAUUGGCUUCUCCCCAUGUCGGUUCUGAAGAUGCCACCAUGAUCAUUUUCUGUUCCAGUUUUGAUCAAGAUUAGAAUUGUACCAUUUUUUCUGAAGGGAGGAAAUAUCGUACUGUUACAUGAAUUCAAGGAUCCGCACUCUUCCAGAUUUAAUGCAGGAAAAUGAGACACUAACAACUUUCUUUGGAUUAAAUGGAAAUACAAAUUGUAAGAAAGUUAUUUCAAGUGAACACACAAGCUAAUAAUUUUGCCCAGGACGACACAGACAUCAGAAGAUUUCACUGAAAAGAUGCUAAUGUUUGAUCCAGUCCCUAUCAAGCAAGAAGCCAUGGAACCUAUUUCAGUGUCAUACCAGUCCAAUUACAUGGACCAAAUGAAGCCAAACAAAUACAGUGUCAUUUAUCCUACCCCAAAUAUGUUGCACAAUAAAUUCUAUCAAACCCCAGAAGGACUAUCUAAUGGAAUCCAAAUGGAGCCAGUUGACCUUACAGUGAAUAAACGAAGCUCACCACAUUCAGCUGGAAGUUCUCCUUCUCCUCUGAAAUUUCAGACUGUACAUAGAAGAGCCUCACCUGGAUUAACUUUGUCCUCACCCAGCCCACCUAUGAAAAAAUUCACCCCACCACCUCCCCCAGGAGUUCAACCUUUUUCCAUGCCAUUAACAAUCCCUCCAGUAAUGGCUGCUCUUUCACGCCCUGGACUUAGGAGCCCUGGGAUACUUCCAAUUAUACAGCCACUUGUUGUCCAACCUGUUCCUUUUAUGUAUGCUCCACAUCUCCAGCAACCUAUAAUGGUGUCUACUGUUCUUCCAGAAGAGUUGGAAAAUCCAAGUAGCAUGCAAGUGCCUGUAAUUGAAUCUUAUGAGAAGCCCACAUUAAAGAAAACAAUCAAAGUAGAACCAGGAAUUGAAUCCCCAAGGCCCGAGUUCUAUCCUGAACAAAUGUCUCCUCCAAUGAUGACCUCCUUGUCUCCUCAGCAAAUAAUGUUGCAAGAGAAUCACCCUUCAGUUAUAGUUCAGCCGGGAAAGAGACCUUUACCUGUGGAAUCUCCAGACACACAAAGGAAACGCAGAAUACACAGGUGUGAUUACGAAGGUUGCAACAAGGUCUAUACUAAAAGCUCCCACCUAAAAGCACACAGAAGAACGCAUACAGGUGAAAAGCCAUACAAGUGCACCUGGGAGGGAUGCACGUGGAAGUUUGCUCGUUCUGAUGAACUAACACGACAUUUCCGUAAACAUACCGGAAUCAAACCCUUCCAGUGCCCGGACUGUGACCGUAGUUUCUCACGCUCGGACCAUCUUGCUCUCCACAGGAAACGCCAUAUGCUAGUCUGAAUGUCUCUUGUCCCUCAGCUGCCCAUCACACUUUCUUUUUGUAUGUGCAUUUUAAUUUGGAUUCAGCUGGUCUGAAUCUCUGCGCUUACACAAUUAAAAGCUUCCAUAUGGUCAGUAAUAGAUGUUAUCUAACCUUGCUAUGUCCUUGCCACGGGUCAGACCUAAAGAAUGUGAACAUUUUUUUUUCUAGGGAUGCUAAGCAAACCCUUCCUGCAGACAGUAUGUGUAAUGUAUUCCUUUGUGAAUAAGGGAAUUUGUAAACUAGCAACUUUGUUGGUUUUGCCAUAUAAUCAGCCAGCAUAAAUUGAUCAACGAGUAAAUGUUAUUGAAUAUCCAGUCCUUGCCAGAGACUUUAUUUACGAGCCCUGCAAAGGAUACACUCUCCUUUUAUGCUCAACAGUGCAAUGAAUGGACUUUCCAACAUUGCUGGUUACAGCAGCAAGUUUAAAGCAACACUUUUAGAAAGACACCUUCUCACUGUAGAAAUCCCCUCUGCCAAGACAGUGAAUGACACUGUAAUAACUAACUAAGCAAAGUACUCUCUUUACAUCAUGAAAGAUUAAAUGAUAGCUGAUUUGGACUAAAUGAAUAAUAAUAUUUGAAGAAUCAUCAGCAGAAAUUGGUGUAUACACAUGAUUGUGCCUCUAAACCAACAUCACCUAUCUUUUGUAUUAUACUGUAGUACAUGAGCUUAUGUUUAUUACAUGAUGCCUCGGUAGAUUCCUUAAGUGUGUGAUUCCUGUGUGACACUAUCUCUGUUUUGUGUGCAGCCGUAUAGGUGGAACACACGGUACUCCUAUGCCAUGACAUGAAAUUAUUUUCACAGAGACCUACCAUACCUCAUUUCAGGGGUAAAGAUGUAUCCCUUAAUAAUCACUCCCCUGUGUUUCCUGUUCUUCAAAAACUUCAUCAUACCUCAAAAGCAGCAAUUGUCAUAUCAAAAUGCUCAAAACUGUACCAUUGGUGGAAGCAAGUGCCAAUUUGAUACACUACAGUAUUUAAAUUUUAGUUCACAAGAUUUUUUUGAUGGCAAAAGGCUAAAUGGCAUCCAAUAGGAAGCACUUCCUGUGAGAAAUUGAGUUGUGUAAAUGUCUCAAAUGAAGAGAGUAGGCUUGAUAAGCCAUUUAAUGACUCUGUGAUUUGAUUUGUGGCUCUGUUGGUUUCUUGAUGCUAGGUGGACCAAGAGAUCCCAUGGAUGUGCUUGUUGUAUUAACAAAUUGAGUCAGAAAGGUUCAACUCCCAGUUUCAGUUAACAAAAUAAAAUAAAUACCCAAGUAAAACAACCUAAAGUUUGGUGCUAAAUCUGUUCCAGAACUUUGGAGGUGUUAACUGCAUUAAAAGGGAGGUUCCUGCAUUUAUUAGUUGGCUGCUUUUGUGACACCACAAGGAAACAAGAUGUAUUUGUCUAGACUGUUAUGUCCCACAAUGUUUUUUGUUCAGUUCAUUAUGCAAUCAGGUAUAGUUCCUGCAAUAUGAAAAUGUCAUAGUCAAAUUUUCACCUCAUGGAAAAACCCACUGGAAAGGAAAAUAUCUGCAUGCUGCCCUCUAUGGGAAGGAAUUUGAGAGCCUGUGACGCAGGAAGUGUUCAUGACCUUAAACACUGGACACCUGGAAAAUCCUGCAUAUCCAAGAGUUGCUGUGCCAGUUUACUCUCUUGGCAGUGUGGUUACAUCUACCUGACAUCCACAGCUGCUCCCCUCUGUUAGCAAAACUGGCAGGAAGGGGAGCGUCUCUAGUAGUAUAAAUAUAGGCCAAUGUAUAGACAUUUGGGAGGGUAAAGAAUAAAUUUAUACCUUACAGCUGUCUGAACUUUAAUGCCAAGUGUCAGAGUAAUUGGGGAUAUUUUCACUUAUUGUACAGAAAAGUGCAAAGGAUGCUUCUGACAUAAAAUAUGAAGUAUUUUCCCUGCUCUAAAAUUAACAUUCAUAUACUAACGUAUGGAACUGGGUAUCCAUUUAUCUAAGGCAGCGGUUCUCAAUCAGGGGCCUGGGGCCCCCUGGGGGUCCAUCUGCAGAUUUCAGGGGUUCCCCCAAGCAGGGCAUUAGACUCGCUGGGGCCCAGGUCAGAAAGCUGAAGCCCCACUGCAUGGGGCUGAAGCCCGACACCUUAAUCCCCACCACCCGGGGCUGAAGCCAAAGCCAGCUUCACGGGGGUCCCAGGCAAUUGCCUUGCUUGCUACCCCCUAACGCAGGCCCUGGCUUUUAUAUGCAGAAAACCAGGUGUGCCACAGGUGGGCUGUGGAGUUUUUAUAGCGUGUUGGUGGGGCCUCAGAAAGAAGUUGAGAGCCCCAUAGCGUGUUGGUGGGGCCUCAGAAAGAAGUUGAGAGCCCCUGGUCUAAAGAAUUUCUUACCCUUUUGCAAUACUGUGGUGUUACACAGUCAAAACAUACAGUGAGGAAUGAGAAUUUUCAUACCAUGUCUCCCAGCACUUGGAAGUUUUGUGUAAGGGAUCUGAGCCACAUUCUGCUCUCCUACACCACUGUAUGUCUGGAGUAACUUCCCUGGAAUCAGUUGAAACUAUGCCAGAUUUAUAGUUGUGUAACUGGAUAGAAAUGUAAUUACCAGGUAAAUUUUCUCAGCCUUCUGUUGAUAGAUACAUGGCUCUGUCACUAACAUGAAAAAACUUCCUGGAAAGAGAACUAGCAUAGACUAGCACCAAUUUUUUUUUUAAGUUCCAGUAACAUCACAGAAUCAAAAUUGAUAUCAAAACUUAAGCUCUAGUUAUUUACAGCUAGCUAUUCCAUACAUGAAGAACUCAUUGACUUUAAUAGGGGCUCCACACAAUGAGCUGCACAGGAUCAAUUCCUGAAUUUGAACUUUGAAAUAUAUCACAGGAGGAUAGAUGUUUGGCAUGCUGUGGAUGAAAACAAUUAUAACCUGGAAACAAGCAGAUAGGAUCCUAUAAAGAAAAGCAGGUGUCAGACGUUCUAAUUCCAUUUCUAUUUUUAACUAAUGUAUCGCAUCAAAUUUGGUAUUUUUGUGACAUUAAAUUUCCCAUGCUGCUUAAUUUUUUUUUUUUUUGGUCUUUCAUAAAACAGUUUUGUUAAGUGUUUGCAUCUUUUGCUCACUAUAAUCUGGGGCUACAUGCUCUUCUGGCAUAACUCCACUGAAGUUACUCCAGCAGAGCAUUAAAUCCCUGAGAUGUAGGCUAUUAAAUCAGCUGUUAACCUGUUUGCCUCUGUUUAAAGAUAUUUAUAAUGAGUUGUAGGGAGAAAUACUGUUAAGAUGCAAUAUAAUUAUAAAAUGCCCUUGGCCAUAUGCUUUAUGACAUAGGACACUGACGACAGGUUUAAAUUUAAACAUUAAAUAGAAUCUUAAUUAUUUGUAACCAAAUAAGAUAGUUUCAUGUAAAUGCUUUGUAAUAGGAUUUUUCACUUUAUAUAUGUGGUGUCAUAUCUUCUGGGAAGUCAGAAAAGCAAUUACAAAAUAAAUUUUAUCUUUUUAGUUUAAAAUGUGAAUCUGCAUUUUAAAUGGGGCAUUAACUCUAACUUUGGUUUGGGGAGUGCAUCAAAAAAAAAUAUUAACUAAGGAAAUACUAAACAAGCAUCAGCUCCAAUCUAAAGAGCUCACUCCUCCUCUUGUCUGGGUCUAAAGACACGCACACAACUCUGCUGCGGGAUUUGCUUUGUGUAUUUAAAAGAAAAACCUGUGCACUAGCAAUAUUGCACUGUAUAGUAUAGUAUGUAACUUGGAAUACCAUUAUACUAAUAUUGUACCUGUAUGUACCAUUCGACAUUAUAAUGGAUUACAUAUUUCCGAGACAAUCCUUCGGAUUAAACAGGUAUGACAGGUAAUGUGGUUUUAUUUAAAUAUACACUGUAGUUCUGUAGUGAUCUGUCUAAUGCCACAAACUUGUCUGAAUAUGUUGUCUGUGUUUUGUCUCUGUCAAGGUUAGCAAACUGUAAAUGAAUGCAAAUCCUUUCUUAAAACAAAAAACAUUUUACAUGUAUUAAGAGGGUUACAAAAUUUUUCAUUGUUUUACAGAUAUUAGCACUUUUCUGCUAUUUAUGUACCUUAAAUGUUAGAGGGUCAAAAUAAUCUUUCUGCUUAGCAUUUCUUAAAACAUUACCUGCAAAUAUAGCAGGGAUAUUACAUUUACUUUAAUACUUGUAUAAACUAUACAGAAAUUUUUUAAUAAAAUGUAAUAUAUUUUAUAAGCUAAUAAGACUAAGUGGGUAAUUAAAGGUUUCUAGCAUGCAUUACUAUAACUUGCAAAUACUGAAACAUUUUGGUAAUCUUUCUUACUAAAGAUGUGAAUGUUUAAUGUACUUUCACUGUUUCUACUUUGGUAGUCCAAUGGGAAUUCAGUAAUGACAUUUUGUCAUGUCAAACUGUGAACAUAAAUUUGUACUGUACAGUCCUCAUACUAUAUACAGUAUACAAUAUGUAUUAUACUUGUUAAUAAAACUAUCAGAAUAUUAAA